AUGGAAUCUGAUUCAGCUAUGGGCGAGCGUGGCGCCUUCAAGCCUGCACCAGGGGCACAGAGUCAGAAUAAACCAGGCUUGGAAAGCAGAAUGAAUUUGCCUAGCGAGUCGACCAAAUUGGAAGGCAGUGGCAGCUUCAGGGAAUAUGGAGGUUCGGGCAAGCUGAACAACAAAAACGCACUCAUUACCGGUGGAGAUUCUGGAAUCGGGCGAUCGGUAGCUAUUCUGAUGGCAAGAGAGGGCGCGGAUGUCACGAUCGUUUAUCUGCCGGCGGAGCAAUUAGAUGCUGAGGAAACAAAAAGAUCUAUUGAGAAAGAGAAACGGGGCUGCUUAUUGAUCGCAGGAGACUUGAGAGAUAGAAAAACGUGUCUCCACGCAGUGGAUGAACAUGUGAAGAGAUAUGGCAAGAUCAAUAUUCUUGUUAACAACGCAUCAAAGCAGUACAAGACUCAGGAAUUCCUGGAUAUUGAUUUGGAAAAAGUUGAGGACCUAUUCCGAACCAACAUACUCCAAAUGAUUGCGAUGGCGAAGUUCGCGCUUCCUCAUAUGUCUCGAGGUGAUUCAAUCAUCAACACUUCUUCUAUUGUGGCUUUUCGUGGCUCAGGAUCUAUGAUUGAUUACUCUGCAACCAAAGGAGCCAUCAUCUCUUUCACUCGAUCGUUGGGGACAUACUUGAUUCCCAAAGGCAUCCGAGUCAAUGCAGUAGCUCCAGGUGCUAUUUACACACCAAUUCAAGUCGAUACUCGAGACGCCCAGCAAAUGGAAGGCUGGGGUCAUAAGGUUGGGCUUGGCCGACCAGGUGAGCCGAGUGAGGUUGCGACAAGCUUCGUCUUCUUGGCUAGUGCGGAUGCUACUCUAUACUACGGACAGGUCCUGCACUGUUAUCCGCUUGGAGACUGA